ACGGUCCACAAGUACAUCUUUGAUAUCAUUUUUCUUCCAGAUAACCCCAAUAAACCCUCCCUCGUUCUCUAUCAAAACUCUAAAACCCCAGACCACAAACCUCAGCAUCUCGAGCGACCAUGGCUUCGAUAACCGCGGAACUGGCCACCAACUUCCUCACACUCACUGCUCGCCACCGGACCCAACUCUCACAGCUCCGAGCCACCGUCCUUCCCUUUCUACUGCCACCGAAGACCCGCCAAUCCCAGUCUCUACGCUUCACCACGUCGUCAUUUGGCUCCAGAAUUAUCGCUGUGGAUUUCGCUAGGCCUAGAGGAGGCUCGCGCCGAUUCACGAUGGCUGCCACCGCCACAACGACGCCGCAGAGCGAAGGCUCCGAUGUCUCCACGAAGAUUCCACCCGAUGAUCGGAUUCCGGCCACUAUAAUUACCGGAUUCCUAGGCUCUGGAAAGACAACAUUACUUAACCAUAUCUUGACUGCGGAGCAUGGGAAGCGAAUUGCAGUCAUUGAGAAUGAGUACGGGGAAGUAGACAUUGAUGGUUCUUUAGUUGCUGCAAAAACUACUGGGGCUGAAGAUAUUGUCAUGUUGAAUAACGGCUGCCUUUGCUGCACUGUGAGGGGCGAUCUUGUGAGGAUGAUCUCGGAAUUGGUCAAUAAGAAGAAAGGGAGAUUCGAUCAUAUAGUAAUAGAGACGACAGGAUUGGCAAAUCCAGCUCCUAUCAUCCAGACAUUUUAUGCUGAGGAUCAGGUUUUUAAUGAUGUCAAGUUGGAUGGUGUUGUCACAUUGGUUGAUGCUAAACAUGUUGGCUUUCGCCUGGAUGAAGUUAAGCCAAAAGGAAUAGUUAAUGAGGCUGUAGAACAAAUUGCUUAUGCUGACCGUAUCAUAGUGAAUAAGACUGAUCUUGUUGGUGAGCCAGAAAUUGCUUCUUUGGUCCAGCGAAUAAAGAAAAUAAAUGGAAUGGCUAAUUUAAAGCAGACAGAGUUUGGAAAAGUUGACUUGGAUUAUGUUCUUGGAGUCGGAGGCUUUGAUUUGGAGAGGAUUGAGAGUGUUGUCAAUGCCGAAGAUGAAAAGAAAGAUCAUGACCAUGAUCAUCAUCACGACCAUGAUCACCAUGACCAUCAUCAUCAUGAUGGUGACCAUGAGCAUAAGCACGAACAUCAUGAUGGUCAUCACUCUCAUGAUCACAGUCAUGAUCCUGGUGUUUCUUCUGUCAGCAUAGUUUGUGAAGGGAGCCUAGAUCUUGAAAAGGCUAACAUCUGGCUUGGUACAUUGUUGUUGGAACGCAGCGAGGAUAUAUAUCGGAUGAAAGGUCUUCUAUCUGUUCAGGGCAUGGAUGAGAGAUUCGUUUUUCAGGGAGUCCAUGACAUAUUCCAAGGUUCACCGGAUCGGUUGUGGGGCCCAGACGAAGCAAGGACGAACAAGAUUGUUUUCAUAGGGAAGAACUUGGAUGCACAGGAAUUAGAAAAGGGUUUUAAAGCCUGUUUACUGUGAGACUAACAGAAGGUUUUAUCCGUUCUGAGUCGAAAAUCAUGACUGUUAAUGGUCUUAAGGGUGGUGCAUAUGGAAACUAUGUAUUACUCUCAGUUAAAAUUGUAAUAGAGAAAUAAAUAUUAAUCCAUUGAGCUGUUCGGAGCUGUCAACAA